GCCUUUCCUGAUGUGGCGCUUGACCAUAAAAUGAAAUGGCUUAUAUUGUCCCAAAUUUCUAUAUGCAAUUUUUGGCUAGAUCUCAGCCCUGCCUAAUAUUGCCAGCUUUAUCAGUCUUCUGGUAUCAAACAAAGAAUGGACACCUUUUACAGCAUUUGAGAUAUGCAAGUGAUACUUCUUUAGGAAAGGAGAAUAAAGUCACUGUAGAAAAUCUGUCCAAGUUAUCUGUGGAUAUAAAGAAAAUCCGUAGACUGAAGCCAUGGGUGCUGUCAAAAGAGGUGUCAUACAUCAAAGAAAUAGCUAAUAUUUUGCAAACAAUUGGAGCUGAUGGACCUUCAGUAGCACAUAUUUUUGAAUGCUGUCCUGAAGCCAUUCUUUGUAGUCCUACCAAUAUCACUUGUCAGAGAGAUUUGUGGUUAUCUGUCUGUCAAAAUGAAAAGCGGUUAGUGGAGUUAAUAAAACGGUUUCCAGAUGCUUUUUUUAAUGUUGAACAUUAUGAAAAUCAGAAGGCGAACAUUAGAUUCUUGAAAGCAUUGGGGCUGAAGAAUGCUAUCAUCUGCCGGUUGUUAACAAGUGCAUCAAAUAUUUUUUACAAUCCUGUUGAGAAGAAUAAGCAUAUGAUAGAAACUCUGCAAAGAAACUAUUUAAGACUAGGUGGUUCACAGGAAAAUUUGAAAAACUGGCUGCUGAAAUUAUUGAGUCAAAAUCCAUUUAUUUUCUUAAAUACUUCUACUACUGUCCAAGAAAACCUGGAGUUUCUUCAAAACAAUCACUUCACCGAUUCUGAAGUUCUAAGCCUAUUGUCCAAGCUCAAAGGAUUUAUUUUUCAACUUAACCCUAGCAAUAUGCAGAGUAGUCUUUUGUUUUCAAAGACCAUCUUCAACUGCAAUGAUCAAGAAUUAAAAGAGCUAAUAUUACAGUGCCCUGCCCUUCUCUAUUAUUCAGCUCCAGUUCUGAAAGAAAGGCUAGAUGAACUAUUGAAGGAGGGAAUUUCUAUAGAACAAAUUAAAGAGUCACCCGCUGUAUUAGAAUUAUCAACAGAGAUAAUUCAAUAUAGGAUUAAAAAAUUAGAUGCCCUAGGAUACAGUCUGAAGAAUGGAACUAUACAAUAUCUCAAUGGAACAAAAAAAGAUUUUGAAACUACUUAUGGAAAGAUACAAGCAAAAAGUGAGAGACCCAUAUAUAAUCCAGUUGCUCCUUUGAAUAUUGAAGAUUAGUUUCCAGAACCUGCUUAAUAAAAUGACAGGACCAGUUUGUCUUUCACCAUUCAAAUAAAUUGGCUGUAACUGCUACUUAAAAAA